CCCCCACCUCUCAACAACAGCGGACGCCACCAUCCCUCUCCAAGGUCUCAUAACCUUCUGGUGAUGGGAAGGAACCCCCGAGCAGCGUCGAACUGUUGCUGGAAAUUUGAAGAAUGUCUACACCUGUCGCCUGGCACACCGUUCCUGCCACACCUGUCCCAAGAGUCACAGGUGUGGUGUCCUCUAAGGUUUUUCGAGUCGGUAUUUGUCGCCUCGCCUCUCGCCUACACUGAAGGGGAUCUCAUCUCAGUGAAAGUGCGCGACCAGCUUGCCUGUCAAGGUCUAACAACAACAACAGCAGCAGCAGUGAAGGACAAAAUGAUGAUAGAGGUACGGAAUUUGUCAGCCUAGUCAUUGUCUGCUGGACUUGAAUCCUGACCGAGAAUUGACAGGCCAGAGUAAUGACAACUACUCCGCCACCUGUACCUCCGGAUCCUGCUUGCACUCCGUAAGCGCACUGGGACACGCAUGCGCAGAAGGUCAACUCGCAGCUCGAGGAUUUGGCGUAACAGCUGCCGCCAAAUGUAAACAAGGCACCGUUGGGCCAGGCCAGCCGAGGAACUCCACUUCCCUCCAGGCAUGAUUGUGGGAAAGUGUCACUCUACAAGCCACACCUGAGCAGUUGAUCUUAGAGACAGCGUAAGCAGAAACUGGUGAUGGGAGGCUGGUAACACGAUGGACCACACUGAGGUGAAGGCAGCCCUGGCGAGGGUGAUGUCACGCAUUGCUUGUUUCCCGGCUUUGAUACAGGAGAGUAAUGACAAGAUCACAAAGGACACUAUUGUGGAAAAAAUUGAAACUAAAGCUGAAUCCCUGGGUGUUUCUCCAUCUACAGUAGCCAAGGACUUGCUGCUCAGCCACCUCAGGUCUGUGAUGCAGAAGGCUUCAGAAGGACACAACUGCCUCAGUGAACAUGAAGAACUUGCUGACAUCAUGGAGUACCUGGUAGAGAGAAAGAUACUGGCAGGGACAGAGCUGGAGGAGCACCUCUUGCAUGAGCCUUCCUUCUUCAGUCUUCCCCUGCCAGCCAUUUGGAGGAUGAGCCAUGCCAGGAUCAUCUCACUGGAACAGGUCAUCAAGAGGAUUUAUAAAAAGCAUCAUGGCAGGAGCUCAUUUUUGGUGAAUGGGCUGUUAGAUCUGUUGCUUCAUCCAAGUGGACAGAGCAGCAGUCAGGCAGCAGGUGAUGUACUAGCCUUGCUGGUUGGCUUGAUGUAUAGUGCAAGUGGCAGCAACAGUCAAGAGUGGCAACCACUUGCUAAAUUUGCUGGUGAGGUGCUAAAGUCUGUGACAGAAGGCGUGCUGGAUGUUGUACUUGACAGUUCAGAACAGAAAGGUAAAGUGUCACUUGAGAAGCAAUCAGAGGAUCCACAUCAAAGGCAGAUGACACCAAAGAAUGAUGAAAAAGACUCUUCAGGUGCCAACAGUACCCAGCCUGCAAAGGACAUAAACAUGUACCAGCUAGUUGUAGAAAAUCCAAAAGUACCCCAAGAAGCUUUAGAAGGAUACUUUUCAGCCCAGCUUGCCCAAAUAUUGACUCACCGGCCUAACAUUAAGCUGACUAAGGCACUGAAGACACAAGAGGCAUGGUGCUCUGCCAAGGCCAACCCCACUCUUGUUGCCUUUUUACAAAAGCUGGUGGUGGGACUGGGUCAUGAGGAAGCUUUUAACAUCUUGGAGUUGGUAUUGUCAAAUGAGGAAGUUAACUGGGGCUGUGUCCUUACCCUGGUGGCCACUGCUCUCACCUGCCACCGUGCCACUUCCACAAAGCUCAAAGAACUGAUAGAACGUAACAUUCGGCGAGGCUGUGAGGAGCUGGAGAGGGAACCAAUGGUGGUGGGGUUCUUGUUUGCACGUCACGCCGGACAGGAAGGGCCGCACGUCUUUCCCUCCUAUGCACACUGGUUCUCAUCGCUUUUCACCUCCGAGUCUACCAGUCCAACAGCACAGAAGCAAGGAUUUAUUUUCCUUAUGAGGUUCUUGACGGACAUGGUCCCAUACGAGCCAGCACACUGCCUGCGUGCUCAUCUCACAACACACAUCUUCACUCCCAAGGGCUGCCACGAGAUCUUUCAGUCAUAUACCUAUUUGGCAAAAGCAAGACUUCAGGAACUGAAAGAAGCAUCACUGGACAGUACACAGAGAUUCUCUUCCAAGACAAAGGCAGUUGAGGAUGUGGAGGCAGCAGCAAAAUAUUUCUCAGAGACGGGUAAAGUUCCUAGUUUUGUCUUGGAAGCUUCAAUAUUUCGAGAAACUUACUUCAGGACAUCAUUCCUCCCCGCCUUACUAGCACCAAGACACCUGCCAGAGGUUCCGGAUGCCCGAGCCAAGCUGAUUGAGGUCUUGCAUGCCCGAGGGAAAAUUACCUCCACGAUGCUCAAGAACUACACUGAGGCAUGUGAGAAAGAAGCAUCAGAUCUCCUCCAGGGAGUGUUUAUGGAUGUGGAAGAAGAUAUAGUGAUAGAAGAACCAAUUGUGGAGUUGGCCCAGAUUUUGGAAAAUCUGGUCAUUGCACACUUCAAUUGCUGUGCAAGUGACAGCAAUGUGGCAAUUUCUGAGAUUCUGCCAUUGCUUUCCAAAGUAUCCUGCAAGAUAGAGGAGAUGAUGAAGAGCUCAGAUGCCAGGUUUAAGGGUGCCAGCCACAUCAUUUUGGAUACACGGUUGUAUGAUGAGAAACUCCUUGCCUUUCAGAUUGUGGAGCAUAUCUUUAUUACAUUAGAAAGGUUGCUACACCCUCCAGACACAGAGGAAGGUCAUAGUAAAAGAGAGUUGAGGCCUGAAUGGCUCUCACAACUCCUUUCUCUCCUCUCUUCAAGUGUGACCUUACAGCGUUCCCUCUCUGUCUUGCUUCAUCGCCAUCUCUCUCUCCUGGAUAUCACAAAAGAACAGCUGAGGAUUGAUGGAAUUAUCCUGUAUGAACUGAGCAAGAUUGAAGGACUCUUCCUCCCGGUGGUGGAGGCCACCCAGCCCACACAAGACCCAUCCCCUCCUACUGGUCACUACCUCAACUGCAUCCCUUUAGAUAUUCCUGAGAAUUUACACCAUGCUUGCUGCAUCCUGAGCAGCUGGCUGGAAUGGCAUCUCAUGUGUGAAGGUAAAGCAGCCUCCCUCCCAGCCCAGCCCCUCCACCUCUACCUCUGCCUUGCUCCAAGACUCCCUUUAUUGCUGAAUCACAAUGGGGGCAGAGAAGCAACAGUGGCUGAUUUUUACAAUUAUCUGAGGGGCAGCGGUGUCCCCGAGUGCUCUUCCUUGUGCUUCUCUGAUGACCUCAAGGGCCAGGACUGUAAGGUCCCCAUCAAGUUGUGGGUGCAGUUUGAGCUGAGGGCAGCUUGGGGAAAUGUGCCUGUAGAGGUGCGACAGACUUACCUGUACAGCUACCUCAUGGAGAACGUAUCUCUAGAUCAGCAACUUGAUAAGCAGUCCUCUGAAAAACCUACCACUUGCCUAAUUGUGCCUUUGAUCUUCGUUCUGAUAGAAAAAGGAUUGUUGCAGCGCAAUUCAAGUGACUUGUUGAUGCUGGUGCAGACAGCUGGGCAACAUUCCGGAGGACAGGACGUGUGUCUGUUGGAAGCUUGGCACAAGAGCCUCAAGACAGGAUUCAUGGACACCAGAAGGACACUUUCUUUUAUGAGCAUAUGCCGUUGUGUGUCUCCAUCUCUCUUCUUAAGAGCAGAGAAGCUCCUAGAACUUUCAGAGAUCUUACAGAUGUAUGUAAAUACUCUUCAGAGUGCCACAGAUGUUAUUCAACUGAGCCUGUGUGAUGUCACCUUCCUGUGUGUGUCCUUAUUCACUGCUGCUGCUGUGCCGGUGGUCAGGAGUCUUCACGUUGAGCUCUGCCUCAACCCCAUCAAGCCAUCUGUGGUGUUCCAUUGGGAUUCACUGAGGAAUUUCUUCACAAGAUACAGAGACACAGUCAUGAAGCAUGAGUGCCUCAAAAACUUGUGUUCCACUUUUGACAUGGAACUUCCUCAACAAAUAUCACUUCUUGGUGCCAAGGAGGGUGGAAUCCGCCUUCUGUCACUUAGCCUCAACCAGGACACCUGUAAUGUGACAACUGAUAUUGCUUCAUGUUCAAAUGGAAAAACUUCCUAUCUUAAAUGGCUCUUGGCCUAUUUAGGGUUACAACAAGUAAGCAAUGAUGUCCCAUACCUGCUCAGGGAAGGAGAAAAGCUGAGUGUUCAUCAACUGAAUAAGAAUAUUAUUUUAUGGAGUUAUAAAGAACUCAUAAAAGCCUUGCAAACUAAGGGUAUUACUGAAAUCAUCAGAGACAUACUUCCAGUGGAGGAGGAAACUCAUUUGGGCCUGAGACUAGUCCCUGUUGCCUGUAUAUUUGUAGUGAUGUGUGUGAAAGAGGGAAAUUUUGAGAAUGAUGCUGUUAUGAUUGUGUAUGAAGCAAAUUUACUGGACAUUAUCUUGCAGUGUCAUAAUCUGAUAUGCCAGGCAUUUGACACUCAAAGCAAUGGUGACAACAAAAUCUCUGAUAGCCAUUGUUCUAAGAGAAGCUUGUCAAGUAAAAGAUGGGUACCAGACCUUGACUAUUUAUCUCAUGUACACCACAAAAUCCUUUCCUACCUGUCUGCCUCCUCCUCCUCAAUCCUUGACAAGAUUCCAAAGAACACACUGUUGAAAUGUGACCCUGAAAUAAAGGCAACUAUAUAUAGCAGGUUAGCUAGUAAAAAAAAAAAAAGGUGCUGAUAAGUAUCAAAACAAAAAGCAUUCUGAUUUAAUAAUGUUGACUACAUUUUAUAGUAUCAGUUUUUUGUGCCAAACAAAAAAUUAUAUACACACAAAAAAUUAUAUACACAUACACUUCUGUGAUAGAGAGGCAUUGCAUUGUUGUGAUUUAAGAGUUUUUUUUUUACCAAAAAAAUGAAUAGUACAACUUCUAUUGCCUUUAAAAUUAGAGUUUAUUUUAUAAUAAUGAAAGUUUAUUUUAUAAUAAUGAAUAAUAUAUAUACAGCUAUUGCUCCAUCUUUUGCGGGAGGGUGGUAUGCUCUUUAUACAGUGAGGUUUUCAAAUUUAGGAUGAAUGUUAUGUAAGAAACAAAUUCAAACUUAUGAACAAACUUCAGAUGAUUGUUAUGUAAGAAACAAAUUCAAACUUAUGAACAUUUAAAAUUCAGGAUUUUAAGUUAUGUGCAGUUGGCCACACUCCUGCAAGGUCCACUUAGCGUUGCCAAUGCUGGCUGAGUUAGUAACUCCGAAAUGCUAGUAGUGAGCUUCACUUGACCCAUUCAUUGAUGGUAGGGAGACUUCUGUUACCUCCCUCAAUGCCCCCCACCAAUGUAUGUGUUGAGCAAAGGUCCACUACUAGAGUUAAUAUCUCGGCCAACAAUGGCAACUGUAUGUAAUUUAUACAUUACAGUAGAAAAGUAGUUUUCAUUGAAUGGCUUUAAAUUUUGAUGUGUGCUUGUUAUUUUGAUAUUCCAGAAAUAUGAAGAUAUUUGUAAUAAUUUUGUAUAGAUAAAUACCGGAGCCUGUACAAGUUUGUGCUGUAAUUUUUGAAAAAUAUACUGUAGGAGUUUGUAA